UAGACGGAGAGAGUGACGGAAGGGGCCGGCUGGGAAGGGACAGGAGGCUUCGGCUGACUCGACAGGGAGGAAUUCUAGGCAAUCUGAGGCUGUGGCAAUGCCCGGGGCAGGGGAGUCCCCUGAAGGGCCCUGAAUGCCCCCACACCACCUCAAAGAGACACCCCAGAAGUUAGCAUCAGUGGGACUUGGAAGCUCCGAUCUCAACAACUUGAGGUGCCCCAGCUAUGGCUGGUGAUUCCAGGAAUGCUAUGAGUAAGGAUAUGGAGAUUGGAGUUCCCCCCAGGGACCCUAAGAAGAUGCCCAAACAGGCCCGCGAUUACAUUCCCAUUGCCACCGACCGCACACGCCUGCUGGCAGAAGGCAAAAAGCCCCGCCAGCGCUACAUGGAGAAGAGUGGCAAGUGCAAUGUUCACCACGGCAACGUCCAGGAAACCUACCGGUACCUGAGCGACCUCUUCACCACCCUGGUAGACCUCAAGUGGCGCUUCAACCUGCUCGUCUUCACCAUGGUCUACACCAUCACUUGGCUGUUUUUUGGUUUCAUUUGGUGGCUCAUUGCUUAUAUCCGGGGUGACCUGGACCAUGUUGGUGACCAAAAGUGGAUUCCUUGUGUUGAGAACCUCAGUGGCUUCGUGUCUGCCUUCCUGUUCUCCAUUGAGACAGAAACCACCAUCGGUUAUGGCUUUCGAGUGAUCACAGAGAAGUGUCCAGAGGGGAUCAUACUCCUCUUGGUCCAGGCCAUCCUGGGCUCUAUUGUCAAUGCCUUCAUGGUGGGCUGCAUGUUUGUCAAGAUCAGUCAGCCAAAGAAGAGAGCGGAGACCCUCAUGUUCUCCAAUAAUGCCGUCAUCUCCAUGCGGGAUGAGAAGCUCUGCCUCAUGUUCCGGGUGGGGGACCUUCGCAACUCCCACAUCGUGGAGGCCUCCAUCCGUGCCAAGCUCAUCAAGUCCCGGCAGACCAAAGAAGGGGAGUUCAUCCCCCUGAACCAGACCGACAUUAACGUGGGCUUUGACACUGGGGACGACCGUCUCUUCCUGGUGUCCCCGCUUAUCAUCUCCCAUGAGAUCAAUGAGAAGAGCCCUUUCUGGGAAAUGUCUCGAGCUCAGCUGGACCAGGAGGAGUUUGAAGUCGUGGUCAUUCUAGAAGGGAUGGUGGAAGCAACAGGUAUGACUUGCCAAGCACGGAGCUCCUACAUGGAUACAGAGGUGCUCUGGGGUCACCGGUUCACACCAGUCCUCACUUUGGAAAAAGGCUUCUAUGAGGUGGACUACAACACCUUCCAUGACACCUAUGAGACCAACACGCCCAGCUGCUGUGCCAAAGAGCUGGCAGAAAUGAAGCGGGAAGGCCGGCUCCUCCACUACCUCCCCAACCCCUCCCUGCCAGGGGGCUCUGCCGAGGCAGAGCUGAAUAUAAAGGCCGAGCAGGAUGGAGAGAAUGAGCCCGAGGGGCUGAGUGGGUCCCGGGAAACCAGGGGCUUGGUGUGAAGACUGUGCUGUCUUCAGGACCUCUCUCCGCUGGCUUCUAUGAGCACAGACGCUGCAGAGCCUGGGGGUAAAGGGGGAGAAUUAGCUGAGUGCACUGUUGGGGACUCAGGCACCAUCGAAGCUCUGUGGAGAGGAACCUUCCAGCUCAAGGCCUCCGUGAGCAGGUGGCCUCCGACCUGGUCCCCCCAUGGCGAUACUGACUCUUCUCUUCCAGCCUCUGUCAGGGGCCCUCCGUCAGCCGCCAGGCCAGGCUGGGCUUCCCCACAAUGUAGUUACAUGACUUCUGUCCUCACACACACACCUCUGCCAUUCGGCCUGACCGCCUCCCUCCUUGACUCUCAUGGCCGACCCACAGCUUCCUCCAGGGGCUACACCGAGAAACCUGCCCCUCACUCCUACCACCCCAAGCUCUUCAUGGAUUCAAGGAGGAGAUAUUCUGCCCACCUGGAAAUGCAAAUUGAGUGGCAAUUCCUUUCUAAUCUGAGGCCGGCGACCACUCACUGAGAGCUGUGAACAGGCCUAUGAUGGUCUGGCGCAAUCCGUGACGUGUGUGCGUCCCUCUCUUGUGUUCCUUGUGUCAAGUGCAGCCUACACAUCAGCUGUCCUGGGCGACCCCCAGGGGGCACAGAGAACUCUGACCAUGCCCGGUUGCUACCCGCCUCCCAGCCCUCACACUACGUCCUCGCCUUCCACUCAGAGAGCUCCAGCUGUUCUUUUCUAGUAUUGUUGACUUAAGAAUUUCAAAGU